UCUGAGAAUCUGGCUCUGCUAGGGAAACUCCCUGCUUGCCUUAUUCCUAUGACUCCUCCUCUGUUAGGUUCAGUUACACAAGCCCAGCGGCCAGUGUUUCACUCACACUGCACAGUUAUUAGUGUGUGAGAGUCGCACAAGCCUGGGGAGAACAUGGCUCAGAACUUUGUGCAGAGCAAAGUGAAACCCUCCAAGGUGACCAUGUUUGAGAAGUCCUCGUGUCCCUUCUGCGUUAGGGCCAAGGGGAUUUUAACAAAAUACAAGUUUAAGGAGGGACACCUGGAAAUCAUUGACAUCUCCAAGUUGGAUUUCAUGUCCAGCCUGCAACAGUAUUUUAUGCAGACAACGGGAGAGAGUACGGUACCCCGUAUAUACAUUGGAGAAAAAUGCAUCGGUGGAUGUUCUGACUUGGUCCCCCUGGAGAACAGUGGAGAGCUGGAAAAAGCACUGGAGUCUAUGGGUGCAUUGCAUGUUUAAGCCAGCACCCUACAGACAAGGGGGACAAAUGGCUCGGAACUUGAAAAGAGAAGACACAAUAUGUUUUUGACGUUUGAUUUUGUUUUGUUAUAUUUUUUUUUUUUCAGGGGGCACAUAGGAUUCGGUAUCCUAUAUUUCUUGCUUCUUUUUUCUUUUACUUAAUAGAACUUAGUACCAAAUACAAUAACUGUGUAAGAACAAGCGUUUGCAAGCUGAUGUCAAUAAAUGUGAUUGGUACAAUUAAAAAUAAAUAAAAACUAUAAGUUAGAAACAAAUA